AUGCCGUUGGUUCAAGAAUUAUCCAGACUUGAAAAACAAAAAUCGGAAAAUAUAUCACGGCUAAUGGCUUCCAAAUAUUUAGAGCAAAUGGCCCAUGACAAACAUUUUUUAAUUUCUCUUUGUAAGGAUGAGAGACUGACAUCAGCAAACAAGAAGGGAUCAAAAAUACUACAUGAAUUGGCUAACAAAGCUCGUUGUGAUAUAGAAAAGCGACAAGCUGUACUACGUGAAAGACGACCAUUGUAUGCUGCACGUGCAGCAGAAGCAGCAGCACGAGCCAGGCUUUCCCGGGCCCGUAAAGAAAGGCUUGGUCAUGCUCAAAAACAGCAUGCUGUAGAUGCAAGACGUCUUAUACAAACAGCUAAAGCAAUAUUUGAAGAACACGAUUUAGCAAGAUGUUUAGAAGCCGCUGAAUUUGCGAUGGAACAGAUAACAAGAAAGCCAGCAAAUUUACUCCCAGAAAAAGAAAAGUACUUACUGGAGCUGUAUGACUUCGUUGCUCACGUUUUCUUAGAUCAGUGUGUUAAUGUAUCAACAGAAGGUGAAGUGGGUUCUACAGAAGCUUUACUUGAGAAACGUGAGAAGGAAAUGAUCAGAUUGAUGCAAGAUGAUGACUUGCGGUCUGCCGCUAAACACUUAUUUAAGCGAAUGUCUGUCAUACCCGCUUCCAGGUAG